AUGGAGGAAGAUUAUAUGAGGCAGCCUUCAGGGUAUGAACAAGAAGAUCCUUCCUUAGUAUGCAAGCUUACAAAGACUUUCUAUGGGCUGAAGCAAGCCCCAAGAGAGUGGUAUCAUAAGCUGGCAAGUGGAUUAAGGAAGAUUGGCUUUGCAGCUACCAAGUCUGAUGUCUCAGUUUUUGUCAAAAUUGUUGAUGGACUCCAAACUUAUGUGCUUGUGUAUGUAGAUGAUAUCAUUGUGACUGAUGAAUCUUCUGCGCUUGUAACAGAUGUGAUAGCUAAGCUGAACAAAAAGUUUGCUCUCAAAGAUAUAGGAUACCUACACUACUUCCUUGGAAUUCAAGUAACCAGAACUUGUGAUGGUGGUCUAGUGCUCACUCAGCAGAAACAUGUUGGAGAAGUAUUAAAAAAAGCUGGUAUGGUUGGCUGUGCCUCCUGCCACACACCUCUGCCAUCCACUGUGAAGAUCUCAGCUCUUGGUGGGUCUAGCUUCUAUGACCCAAAGCUAUACAUAUCGAUCAUUGGUAGCCUACAGUAUCUCACAAUAACAAGGCCUGAAAUCUGCUACAGUGUUAACAAGCUGUCUCAAUUUGUUCAAGCUCCUUUGGACUGUCAUUGGAGAAUGGUUAAACGGGUACUAAGAUACUUGAGUGGCACAGCAAGCUACGGCUUACAUAUAAAACAGGAUUUCUCUAUGGGCGUAAAUGCUUAUAGUGACUCAGACUGGGCUAGGGAUCCAGAUGAUAGGAAGUCCACCAGUGGUCAUUGUGUCUUUCUUAGCUCAAAUUUGAUCUCUUAG